AUGGCUCAAGUGCCAAGAAAGGAUGUGGCUGACAGAUGGUACAGUGAAAUAAAAAAUUACAGCUUUCAAAAUCCAGGGUUUUCUUCUGGGACAGGUCACUUCACAGCAAUGGUUUGGAAGAACACAAAAAAGAUGGGUGUCGGAAAAGCAUCUGCUAGUGAUGGCUCUACAUUUGUGGUGGCUAGAUAUGACCCAGCUGGGAAUGUAGUAAAUCCAGGCUAUUAUGAAGAAAAUGUCCUUCCUCCAAGAAAAUAACUUUUUUUUUUAAAGGUAGUUGUAUUGCUUAAUGACAGUUGAGCCUGGAUUUGGACUUAACAGUGUUUGAAAUGAAGUACAAUUCAAUGAAAUUUCCUGUUUGAUACUGCUGUUCACUUCUCAUUACAGAGGAAGCAAUUACAUGUUGCUUGAGUCAAUCUGCACAUUAGGUCCCUGUUGUUUCUGAGGGGGCUUCAGUCUAUUUGAGGAUGAAGUAUAUGCAGCAUUUCUGAAGGGUAAAAUUUAUAAGUUGGGGUUUUUUAAUAGUUUGCAUGAACUCUGUGUCAGCAUGUGAGUAAGCACAUGUUGGAUAUCUUUUUUUAAACAAGCAAAUUUAUAGCUUUCUGUAAACUGAAGAUACCAGCUUGUAAUUAUAUCAUGUACUCCCAGUUUUCCAGUAUUUUUAAUAACUGUAACUUCUUUGCUCUAU